AUGGAAAAAAAUAGGAGCAAGCAGUUUUGUGAUGGCGUAACAGAUCCAAAUUUAGGGCCAACAUGUGGAAGGAUUCUUGGAAUUAGUUUCGACCCUAUAAGUGGAUCUCUCCAUCUGGCGGACACAUUCUUUGGUUUUGCAAGCGUAGGUCCAAAUGGAGGGAUAGAUACAAUAAUUGCUACCGGUGCAAAUGGUGUUCGAUUCAAUUUUCUCACUGGCUGUGAUGUUAAUCCAAUUACAAGAGACGUCAUUUUCACAGAUGCAAGCCAGACAUUUGACAUAAGAACUGUUGUACGAGGAAAUUUUACUCCUGAUUCAAGUGGAAGAUUGAUCAAAUACAAGGUGGUAUCGGACGGGCUUUCAGUACCAGCUGGACCUGCAUUUAGCCAUGAUGGCUCAUUUGUGCUGUUUUCAGAAUUCUCCGACAAAAGAAUCAUCAAGUAUCGGCUCAUGGAAGAUACAACUGAAGUUUUUCUGAACUUAACCGGAAAUCCAAUUAAAAUCAAGAGGACUCCCACAUGCGGAGAAUAUUGGGUGGCAGCAAAUAACAUUGUUUCACAGCCAAAGAAUUUGCAAGGGCAAUUUAAUAACACUCUAGUUAAUGCCUUACAAGAAUACGAUGUCAACGCCGGAAAGUUAUAUGUCGGUUCACGGGAUGCAGGGUAUGUUGGCAUGUUCAAUAAAUGGUGA